AGAUUUAACAAAAGUAACAAAGGAUAUGAAAUGUCAAAGCUGUCGCAAUGUUUGCAAGUUCGAAGACUGCAGUGAAUUAAGACAAGCAUUUUGUGAACCAGCACCAGAAGGAGAGACAAUCAAUAAAGACGACCCUAUCCACCAAAGGAACACAGGGUCAAUGACAAAUGAUCAAAAGAUUUAUUCAAACACAUCGACCAUAGCUUACGAGAAAAGUAGCAGAAGGAUAAAUGAUACCCUCUAUUCGUCUAUAUCACAUAAGGAUAAAAAUUCGUCCAGUUAUAAUCUAGAUAGAGAAUCGAGUUGAAGAAGAUGAACAUAUUUUUUAUCAUCAUACAUUUUUUAAGUAUUAAUGAAGUAUCUUCAGAGAAAAUGAUUUCAAACUAUACAAUGAAAUGGUUAGACGCUCAAAUAUUCUGUCGUGGACAUGGAAUGGUUUCAAAAACCGGGAAAUUAUCCCUUGUUGAAAAGUCUGAGUUGAAAGUUGAGAGUUACUGGUCUCGUCAAUAUACAAAGAGAAGUGACUGGAUUCAUUUUCUUGGAUGUUAUGACCAAGACACAGUUCUUCAGCAUGUUAUAACCAAUUUAACAGUUCUAGACAUAACAGUUGUUAAAUGUCAGUUGUUCUGUUUGACUGAUCCGAAGACAUUUGGAAUACAGGGGAAUAGUUGCCUCUGUUUCUUUUCACUGGACCCCGAAAUUCAACGAUUACACAUACACAACUGUAACUCGGUUGAUGAGAAAUUUCCAGCUGGCAAUAACUCCAUAUUUAUUUACAGGACUACUGACUACAACGCAAUUAGGUCUUCUAAACUUGAAGAAUCAGAUCAAGAGCUUUUGUGUGUGCUUAUAUUUUGUGACAAGGAAGAGAUAUUUACAAUGGCUGACUGCGGGUCUUUUGGGAAUGCACUAUGUACAAACAAAGUUCUUAUGGGAAAUUACUCAUGGGAUGAAGCUUCGCAGGGAUGUGUGCAACACUCAACGUAUGCUAACUAUCUAAAGGCUGACAUAGACUUACAUGUAAACCCAGCGUCAACAAAUUUUUGCACGAAUUAUAACAUCUCAUUUAGUGGUCCUUUGUGGCUUGGAAUUCGGUCCUCAACAUUUGAAUUAGAAUACAAAGAUGAUUUAAAAAAUCUUACCAAGGAUAUAAAAUGCCAAAGUUGUGGCGAGGAAUGCACAUUAGAAGACUGCAGUGAAUCAAGACGAGCAUUCUGUGAAUCCGCUUCAGAAGGAGAGACAAUUAGUAAAGUCGAAACUACUAGCCGAGAUAACAAAGCUUUAAUGACGAGUUAUCAGAAUAUUUAUUUAGACACAUCGACCAUAGCAUUGGAGGAAAGUAGCAGAAUGCCAAAUGAUGCCCUCUAUUCGUCUGAAUCACAUAGAAAUACAUAUUCAUUAAGUUAUACUCAAGACGUAUCGACUAAAGUAACACAGCUAGGAUCAUCCUCAACCCAGGCAACAACAAAAGCCUCUUCAGAAAUAACACCAGUCGUUUACAGUGUCCCAUUAGCGCUGGCUGUCAUCAUCGUUGUCGUUUGUUUCUUAUAUUGCAGGAAGAAACGUCAGAAAAGACGAAAUUUGGAUGUUGUAUCAACAGCAGAAAGCAAGCAGUUACCGGCACAUUUUGUUGCCAACACCGAACUUUACGAAAUUGCAGACAAUUCAAAAUUAUGUAGCCUCCACUCUGACUCGGUUACAUUGGACACAGUACACAUACCAAAAUCACACGGGGAUAUUACAGGGGAAAAGAAAGGGGUGUAUGAAAAAGCCAAAGGUAUAAAGGUAUCAGAAUCAACAGACGUAUAUAAUCAUCUCUGGGAGAAAGAUAUCACUAUUGAACAGAAAGAAAACAUUUACGAUCAUUCAAGUACAAUAUGUGAUACAGAAAAUCCCUUAUACGAUGUUACAACUAAAACAGAUCACAAAGUCUCGCCGGACCCGACAUACGACCACGCAGUCCACUUAGAUAACCUGACAGAGGGAAAAACAAGUGAGGUCAAUAAGACCUGAGAUGUACGAGACUUAAAAUGCAAGAA